AUGUUCAUUGAGGUUACACACUUUACUCGUUUGUCAUACAUCACAGAUUGGAAAACGUUUUGUGAAAAAGAAACAAAUCGCCUCUCAAUAUAUUGGCACACAAAAAGUGUCUCAUGCCAUGUAGGUGAAAGCAAAAGUUACCAGAAGAUAAAGUAUCGAUACGUUGCUGUAUCAAUUCGAAUUUAUAUCUGUCUUGGUUGCAUUCGUUUUUCUCGAUAUUGUGAAUCUGAACAGCCGUGUGCUUACCAUUCGUCGGCUCAAUUGUCUUCAUAUUUGUCUACAAGCAAGAUCGACUAA